GUUGGGAACGGGGCGGGCCCGAGUUUAAACGGCGGCGGCGGCGGCUGCCGGCCCGGCCGCCAUGGAGGGCACCGGAGCGGCCAGGCCCCUCCGCGGCCGCUCCUUCUACCUGGACCUGCCGAGCGGGCGCGCAGCGCGGGACCUGGCCCUGCUCAUCGGGAGCCUCGGAGGGGUGACCGAAAGCUUCCUAAGCAAAGAAGUCAACUACGUGGUUUCCAGCAACAAAGAAGCCAAACGAGACAAAGCCAAGACUCGACCUGAGAAGCGCAGCAACGAAGCUUCAGAAGAUGCAAAAGUCAUGGGCCCAAUGCCCUUUUCCUCUAAAGGGAACCAUCCCAGACCUCACCAGAAGCCCUCAGACACUGUCCUGAUCAGCAGGGGAAAGGAACUGCUGCAGAAGGCCAUGAAGAAUCAGGACACCUGCAGUGGCAGCAGUAUCCUCGCCAGCGCUCGCCUGUGGGGAGUCCAGAUCCUGCACGUGGAUGAUAUGUUGUCAUACGCCCAACAGCUGCUGCGUGCUGUCUCGGAAACAAGGAAGCAGUGCCAGAAGACAGAGGUAACUGACAACUCCAGCCAGUUUGAGGUGAAAUGCCUUGCAACUGGAUUGAAAACGUGCGAAGGAAAACUGAAGCCCCCUUUUCUGAAGGUUGAAGACCAGAGCAGGCAAUUCCGGCCCUUCCAUCAUCAGUUCAAAAGCUUUCCCAACCUGAACUUCCUGGCACCCAAAAGCUCCAGCCCAUUUGAGCCUCUGAAAAGCCUCUCCAAUUCUUGCAGAGCCAGGGCUGUGGAAGGCUGUCCAAGAGGCAGCAAAGGGGAGAAGAGCCCCCAGUCUACACCAGUCACUGCGCCAAAGAAAAAGAGGGGAUUCUGUGAGUGCUGCCAAGAGACCUUUGAGGAGCUACAGAAGCAUCUCCAGAGCCCCCAGCACAAGCGAUUCGCUCUGGACGACUCGCAGUACGCCCCUGUGGACCGUGUCAUCACACAGCUCAGCUUUAUGGAGCACUCAGCCAAGGUGCUUCGGUCCUGCCUGACAGAUGAACACUCAGUGCCUCAAGCACAAGUUCCUGGAGAAAUUGAGAUGCUGACAGCAGAGAUGGGAAAGGAAAGGGAGCAGCCUGAGCAGGAGCUGUUCUUUGAUGUGGAGCAUGAUCACAGCCUGAAGACCAAGGGAGGUCCCUCUUGUCCACCCAGGGACAGGUGCAGUAACCCCAGCGAAGGAGGGGAGUUCAAGACCUGCUCUGUUGGAGCAGGGCUCACCAGAAGGGUCUGUGCUGCUCACAGCACCCUGGAGGAGUUUGUGAUAGGGGAUACAGAUUUGGGCUUGGCUCCUGACCUGGGCUCGGGGGCUUGCGUAGAGGAUGCUCAUGUCAGAGAGACAACAGCUUCCUCAUCUGAACCUCAUGGACAGCAAGCACUUGGGCCUGCCAGCCACCUUCCCCACACACUGCCUGCCCCCAGGAAACGCCAGCUCUCCAGACAGAGCACCCAGGUGGGGAAGAGGCCCAGGCUGGAGCUGGGGGGUGGUGGUGGCCUCUCUCCAUGUGAGCAGGGUGCAGGACAGACAGCUGAGCCAGGCUUGCCUGGUGUGCUGGAGCCUGGCAGCUUGCCCCUAAGCACAAAGCUCUCCAGCAGACCUUGGAGCUCCGUUGGUUUGGACCUGUGCCUGUGCAGGCACCCUGGGGACCCUGCAUCACACCUUGAAGCUGUGUCUGGGGGUUUUGAUCCCACAGAGGCUGCUGUGGCCAGCACUGUUGGCGAGUGUGGCUGGAGCAGGGUGAACGUGAGUUCCAAAGGGGAGCAGCUCCGAGGGGUGAAGGAAGUCACACACAGAAAUGUGCUUAGGCCUGAUGUGGAGAGCACAAGGAGCCAGACCAACUGCCUCUUGGCUCCUCCAAAACUGCUUGGGGCCAAAGCUGGAUGUUGCUGCUCACUCUGUGUCAGAGCAGCAGAGAAGAGAGCACCAGACCUCCCAGGCCAUGGUGAAGAGCAGGGUACAUGCCCUGGCCUCCUUCAGCCUCCUCCACGGAACACUCAGGCUGAGCAUGACUCCAGCAGCAGGUUUUCUGAGUCAGACUGGGAUGUCUCCCUGCUCUCCACACUAAUGGCUGAACAGGAUGGCAGGAUUCAGCCGGCGGAGCAGGAUUUGCUCCAGAGGACACAUGUCAGUGUGAGGGACAGUGGGUAUGAGUCUCAGCUCUGCUCAGUCCAGAAGCAGAAGUCAGAACUUGCCUGGGCAGGUAAAGAGGACAAGAACUGCUGGAACUGCUGCACUGAGACCAAGGGGGCCUCUUUCCCCAUACUUGAGACCUGUUUUGGCAGCUGGACCAGCUGAAGCCACCUCCUGGCUGUUCUCUGGGCCCUUGGUGGGAGCUGGAAAGGGAUUUAACAAGGAUCAGGAGGUACUGCUGUGAGCUGGAGCGAGGACCAUCGAGAGUGAGGUGAUCUCCAGCCACCACAGGCAGGUGGGAACUGAUGGGUGAUGUGAUGGUUUCAAUGGGCAGCUUCAAGCUGAUGCUCUCCGCAAGUAACUCUUCAUCAGGCACAUGGUCUUUGCCCUUCCAGAUUGAGGGCAGGUCCUGUUCUUCCUCUCACCUGGUCCUUGGACAGGCACAGGACAAGAGGGCCAUGGGGUGAGAUGAGUUCUUGCUGUGCUCUGGGGUUUUGGUGCAUGUCUGUAACUGGUACUGAAUUCUUUGGACAUUUCUGUUUUUUUUAGCAGACUUUUUA